AUGACCUUGUCAUCCUCAUCAAUCAUCAACGGCCACAACAAUACCACAGCAGCCGAACACGACGAAUGGGAAGCCAUGUUCGACCCACAAUACACACACCUGCGGCGACUCACUGCCCGUAAAGAUACAUCGCCUGGCCCAUCACUAGCAGAGACACCUACGCUGCCAAGGAUCGAUCAUAUCAAAGUACAAGCGCCAUGUCCCGACCAGAUCGACAUUCUACCAUGUCCUUCUGCAUCGUUUGCAAAGCAUCAACGGAACGAAGCACGGCUGGGGCUAUUACAGACGAUACGAGAGCAAGGACUAUCGGAUCGACAUGAUACCUGGAAACUGAUGGACCAACAAGAGGCACAACGCAACUGGCAAGAGCGUCUACAAGAGAAGAUCAAUGAGGACCAAGAAGACGAUGAUGACAACGAGGAUAAUGAUCCUGAGGGCGGGGACGAUACGACAGAAAAGCCGAAAAAGAGGAAUGACAAGAAGCCUGUACGGCGUCGCUCCUUUUUGUACUUUGCUUUUGGGUUCUUGUUUCCACCUCUAUGGAUCAUUGGUGCAUUGCAUGUACCGCCACAGCGUCAAAAUCCCGGUAGUCAGGCUGUUGACUUGCUCUGGAAACGGCGUUCUCGCAAUGCAUUUUUCAUUUUCAUUGUUACUGUUCUUGUUAUACUCAUUCUUACCCUAGUCCUGAAACCUGCGUCUAUCGGCUGGCGCACCAGUAAUAAUAUGCGACCUCCUCCUCCUCAUCCACAACAGCCACCGUCAGACGAAGAGAUAUAA